AUGCGUCAAAUUGUGGUGGCAACCAUGAAUCUCCAUAACUUCAUUCGCAAGUCAAAUCUUGUGGAUCCUGACUUCCAUUCAGAAGAAAAUGAAAACGAACGAACGACAAAUGAAGAACUUCCAAAUACGAUGAACCAAGAUCUCAGUUCAAGACAAUACAUGGAAGGUGUUCAAGAUGAGAUUGCAAACAUCAUAUGA